AGACUAGGCGGCAGCAGCGGCGGCGGGGGCGGCGGCGGGAGCGGCGGCAGUAGCGUCGCCUGUGUCGGGGGCCGCUUCCGAGCGGGGCCCGGCUCAAUCUCCUGCAUCAUGGCAUCUAACUAUAGACCAAGUACUGGUCAGCGGAAGAAGCCUAAUAUAAAAGUCGAAUUGACUGAGGAACAGAAACAAGAAAUUAAGGAGGCCUUUGACUUAUUUGAUAUUGAUGGAUCUGGAAGCAUUGACGUGAAGGAAUUGAAGAUUGCAAUGCGGGCAUUAGGCUUUGAGCCAAAGAAAGAAGAAAUCAAAAAAAUGAUUGCAGAGAUUGACCGAGAAGGAUUUGGCACCAUUAACUUUGAAGACUUUUUCGCCAUGAUGAGUGUGAAAAUGAGUGAAAAGGAUGAAAAAGAAGAAAUUUUAAAGGCCUUCAAAUUAUUUGAUGAUGACUGUACAGGAAGUAUCACCCUCAAAAAUAUUAAGAGGGUUGCCAAGGAACUGGGAGAAAAUUUAUCAGAUGAUGAACUUCAGGAAAUGCUGGAUGAAGCUGACCGGGAUGGAGACGGAGAAAUAAAUGAGCAAGAGUUUUUGAGGAUGAUGAAAAAAACCACUCUUUAUUAAUGCUAAUUCUUUUGUAACUGUGUCCAAAAGGGUAUUGCAUCUUUAUUGUUCUAUAAUCCCUAAAUGUUGACCACCUCAGUUUUUAGAUUGUCCCAACAGCAUUUUACUUUUGUGGCUAGCCCUGGAGGCAUAAGAAAAUUGACUGGAUCUGAAAUUAAUUGCAAAGCCUAACUUUUAAAUCCCGGUAAAGAUACAAAACUUUCUUCCCUUUUUCUCAUCUCACUGAUUCAGGGCUAUAAGUGCUAACUGGCCAGAAAAGAUUUACAAACGAAAUUUCCCAAGUAAUAAGUGAACUUCCACUUCUUUUCCUUUGCACAAAUUUAAAAGUAAACAAUGACCUUUUUGUUCUCAUUAAAAAUAGUAGUUCAUUUGUAUAGUGUAUGAAAUAAAACUAUUAUUGCAAGGAUAA